GCAGGGUUUCCCACGGCCCCCGCCCGCCCCCUGCGCCUCACGCCCGGCCGCCCGCCCUCCCCGCCGCCGGGCGCGCCCAGGCCUUGCGCGAACAUGGCGCUUGUCCCCUGCCAGGUGCUGCGGGUGGCCAUCCUGCUGUCCUACUGCUCUAUUCUGUGCAACUACAAGGCCAUCGAAAUGCCCUCGCAUCAGACCUACGGAGGGAGCUGGAAAUUCCUGACGUUCAUUGAUCUGGUUAUCCAGGCUGUCUUUUUUGGCAUCUGUGUGCUGACCGAUCUCUCCAGUCUUCUGACUAGAGGAAGUGGGAACCAAGAACAAGAGAGGCAGCUCAAGAAGCUCAUCUCUCUUCGGGACUGGAUGCUGGCUGUAUUGGCCUUUCCUGUUGGCGUUUUCGUUGUGGCAGUGUUUUGGAUCAUUUAUGCCUAUGACAGAGAGAUGAUUUACCCGAAGUUGCUUGAUAAUUUUAUCCCAGGGUGGCUGAAUCACGGAAUGGUUCCAGCAUGUAUGUCCCCUUCUAAGAGAAGACUUCUUUGCCUCUCCUCACUAAAGAUAUCCUGGACAGCCUAUCUCAUUUAACUCACAGCAUUUAUUACUAGCUCGGUAAGUAUUUAGGCAUUUGUUAGUUCAUUAUAUUUAUGUUUCCUUGGACCUUUUCUCUUCCUCUCAAACACAUGGAAAUAUGAACUCCAUGAGACUGGAGACCUCAUCUGUGUUGUUCACCCCCACAUCCUCAACACCUAGGCAAGUGCCUGGCCCACAGUAGAUGUCUUUUAAGUAUCUGCUGAAUGAAUCAAUAAACAGGAGAGAGGUAGUUAUAACAGUCUCUCUUUUACGGAUGAAGAAACUCAGGCUUAGAGAGGCUUAGUGACCAACUCUAUGUCUCAUAACUAGGAAACUACAGCAUUGGGAUUCAGACUCAAGUUUGACUUAAGAACAAUUCUCAUCUAUUUCUGGGCCUCUCUUGGAAGAACUGUGUCAACUGUAAUCAAUGCUCAUCUCCAUCUGAUAGAAUAAGGUAAUGAUCACACUGCCAAUGAAAACUGUGACACCAGUAACACCAUCAUUGUUGGGUACCUCUAGGUUUUUUAAGUUCUCUCUUGUAUCUUGAACCAAAAUCUACCUUCAUGCAACUUCUACUCAUUAAUUCUCAUUUGUCCCUGUGUAGCAAAAAACAGAAUGACUCUUUCUAGUUGCCAGGUUCGAGAGGAAAUGGGUAGCAGCAGGGCGGACUCUGUCUGGAUUUCCUUAAUUUCUGGCCAGUAGGCAAGCACCUGGUACGGCCAGCACUCCCAAGGGGGCAAUUUACAAGGCUGUUUACCUGCCGUGGGUGCUUUAGUGAGGGGUAUUAUGGUUGUUUCAUCUUAAUUAAUGGUGAUACUCUUAUCCUCCGCCAGUAGAUCAGUAUAUUCUUACUAAGGAAAUUGGUCCUGACCACUGGUUUUGAGUGAUUAGUUUCAUCUCUGCAAACUGCCUUCCUAUGAAAGAGGUCUUCACACUAUGUUCGUUUUCCUCUCCAACUUGAAUGUGGUUAAGAUUGAUGAGGAGUUGGGCGGUAAACCCUCCGAACUCUUUGAAACCAGUGCCCAAUACAAACCUGUUUAAUUCUGUUCGUUUGUGGUCUCUGGCUUCAGCAUUUGGCCUUCAAGAGCAUUUUGGUCCAAGCUACCCUGUGGUCUCUGUGGUCUCCACUGGUGGCAACUGGUUCUGUGGAUAUUACCUAUGUUUGAAUCUUGUAUGGCUUGUAGCUUUCAUCUAGAUCCAGUUUCUUUGGUCUGUUACUCAUGAAGAAACGGGGGGAAAUGUGAUAAUAACAGCUAGUAUUCGUGUGCUCCGUGAGCCAAGAGCUGUUCUAAAUCCCUACCUUGGAUUAUUGCAUUUAAAAGACCAUCACAUAUCCUGGGAAAACAGCAUAGGCCCUGUGUUAAGUGCUUCACAUUCAUUAUUUCAUUUCAUCCUUGAUUUCCAUUUCUUACCUAUGGUACGCUAGCUUCCUCCAUGGCAUGACUGAUUACGUGCAAGAAUCCACAUAAAGUGCUGAUGACAGUGUCUGGCAUGGCUCACACUCAAGAAACAUUAGCUGUUGGAAUGAUCAUACACCUCUUUUGUAACACUGAAUAGGUUCAGUAUUUUUGGAUCUAGGCUCACAGUGAAGCCUGCAUUUUUCUAGCUUAAAUCAACACCCUAUACUACCAUAGACAGACUGAUAAGGUCGAAAUAGGAACAUGCGACAGGGCAAGAGGUCUGGGCUUCGGGCAUUAGCUGUGCCAUUUGAUACACUGAACACCCAAGCAAGUUCCUCGACUCCUGACAGCUUUGAUUUCCUCAUCUGCACGUGAGGUAUGCGACCCUGAUGAGCUCUAAGAUCUCUUGACCUUUAUAAAUCUUGCCCCACGUAUUUCUUUGUCAGAAUGUGAAUUUUACCACAAGGGCUAUGCUUCUACCAUCUUGGUGCAUGUGCCAUGUUAAAGAGACCCAAACCACUCUAAUGGAACGUGCUUUAGGAAGAUGCUCAGUAAGGAAGUGAUGCCUUCCACCUGCUGCCCCAGCCCUCUCACUGGCAGGCAAAGCCAUCAGUAACCAGUUGGUUUGGAAGUUGUCAGGGAAGGCGCAGUGUAAAAUGCAUUGUUGGUAGACUUGCUUUUGUUUUCUACAUCAAUUUCUUAUGAAUCUACUGAACGGAGGCGCUGUGUUGUGGCGCUGUGCUGUGCUGGUCCAAGAAUCAAGAGCCUUUGAGUUCAGUUCUAACUCCAGCUCUGCCACUGUCUAGUCUUUGGGAGAAUAAAUGACACUUACCUUCCUUGAGCCUUCGUUGUUUCAAUUGUCAGAAAGGCAUUGUUGAAAACGUCUCCCAAUUCUAAAACUCUGCUACUCAGUUCUUUAUGAGAACAAUACUCAGAUGAAAUCCUAUGGACAGAAAAGCAUGUGGUCUCUCCUUUCUCCUUUCUUUGCCAAGCACAAUGAGAGUUGGUGUGGAAAAAAUAAAAAUCUGCUGUGAAAAGGUUCAUUCAGCCUUUUCUUAAUAGAUCGAGUGGUUGGUAUUUCUGCUGGCUUCUGAAAUACAUGACAAAUCACAAUCUGGAAAAAGUUCCAAAGCAGCUCCAAGCCUUCCUGCUGAAUUUGGAUACAUCUUUAGGUCUUACUCUGCAGCUCAUCCUUAACAACUGACAAAAUAUUUACUUUGCUCGGUACAGAAAAGGCUAACAUUUUCCAAAAUAUUAAACUAGGUUGGAUUCAGAACACAGACAAUGAGGCAAAAAGUUGGACCUCUGUUGGAAGCCAUGUCGUUGAAUCAUUUUCCAGAGUGCCAUGAGAAACAGAGCUGGGGUGGAUGUUUGUGCUCCACAGUGAUUCUGAAAAGGGCAGAAGCCAGCCAGCCCCGGUCUCAAGUAUUCACUGGUGUGUAGACCAGAGGUUCUCAAAGUGUGGUCCCUGGACCAGCAGCGUCAGCAUCUCCUGGAAACUGGUUAAAGAUGCAAACUCUCACAACCCAUCCCAGAUCUACUGAAUCAGAAAAUCCUCAGAUGCAGCCCAGCAGUCUGUGUUGUGAUGAGUGCUCCUGGUAGACAAGCCCAGGUAAAUCUCAUGCUAGGAAGAGUUUGAAAACCACUGGUUGGGCCCAUGAGGGCUACAGUGCUU